AUUCAAUAUGGCUGCGCCCAUGAAAAUUUGCACGCUGAGGUCUUGUGCUAUUUAUUCAACAAUCAAAAGAAGUCCAAAGCAUACUCAUCUGUACAAACACUGCAGACAAAGCAGCACUCAAGAAAACUUGAAAGGUGUGAUCGGUUUAGAAAUCCAUGCACAGAUCAACACCAACAGUAAACUAUUUUCAGCCUCCUCUACUGCUUUCGGAGCCCCUACGAACUCACAAGUAUCGAUAUUUGAUGCUGCACUGCCAGGAACACUACCAGUAUUAAAUAGUGAGUGUGUAAGAGCUGGUGUGAAAACAGCAAUUGCUUUGAAAAGCAAAAUAAACAAAAUAUCCAAGUUUGACAGAAAGCAUUACUUCUAUGCAGAUCUUCCACAAGGCUACCAAAUAACACAACAAAGACAGCCAUUGGCUGUUGGAGGGGAAGUUGAGUAUAUUUUGAUUGAUGAGAAAAACAGAUACAUCAUUAAAACAGCCAGGAUCACCCAGUUACAGCUGGAACAAGACAGUGGGCGGAGCCUGCAUGAUGAGGAGGGAGGGCAAAGUUUGAUUGACCUCAACAGAGCAGGAAUUGGAUUAAUGGAGAUAGUUACAGAACCUGAUUUUGUAAAUGGAAUUGAUUGUAGUUCCUUUGUAAGAGAAGUCCAGCUGAUGAUGAGACAACUUAAAGUCUGUCUUGGCAGUUUCAGAGAGGGUGCCUUGCGAGUGGAUGCCAAUAUAUCAGUUCACCGUCCAGGAGAGCCACUGGGGGUUAGGUCUGAAGUUAAGAAUCUGGGUAGUCUCAAGGAUCUUAAAAAUGCUGUAGAUUAUGAAGUAAAUAGACAAAAAAAUUUGGUAAAAAAUGGUGGAACGGUAAUUAAUGAAACUCGGACAUUUGAUUCAGAGUCUGGGAAGACGAUUCCAAUGAGAGACAAAGAGCGACUGCAGGAUUAUCGAUUCAUGCCGGAGCCCAAUUUGCCUCCCCUUUAUUUAUAUGACAAUGCAUCCAUAGCUGAAUCAUCACAGACAAAUGUAACUAACAUCGACGAAGAGAUUCAGAAAAUGCCUCCUCUACCCAGAGAUGUUAGAGAAAAGUUGACCAAUGAGUUGAAUGUUGCGCUUAGAGAUGUCUAUGUACUUGUGAAUGAAGAUAAAGGUGUUGAAUUUUUCUAUGAGGUUGUGAAUUGUUCAAAAAGUCCACCAAACUUCAUUGCAAAAUUCAUGGUCAAUGAUUUAUUAGGCAUCUACAAUGAACAUGAUAAAAAGAUAAGAAGAAGUCCAAUUUCACCUGAUAUCAUAGCUGAAAUUGUUGAUCUAAAGAAAAGUGGAUAUACAACAAAGUCACAUUGCCUUCAGUUAGUGGAAAUGUUUCUACACCAAUCUACAACUGACAGACCUAAAAAUAUAGUGGACAAGAAUGGUUGGCAGCAGAUUGUAGAUGUGGAAAGCCUCAGACCUGUCUGUAUCAAACUCAUAGAGGAAAAUCCCAAUCAGGUGAAAAAAUACUGCAAAGGAAAGCAGGACAGAGCAAUGCACUUUUUAGUGUCAAGAGCAAUGGACUCAACUCAGAAGAAGGGAAAUCCCACAGUGUUGAAAAAAUUAUUUAUAGAACUUUUAGAAGAGAUUAAAUUAAAGCAAAAAUGACAACA